AUGUCCCUAACAACACCACAGCAAGAAUGGGAUUUUUACUUUUCCCGUGCCUUCUCUACCCCGCUCUCUGUCGAGUGCUCUGGGCUCAGGGACCAGCUACAAGACCGUGCGGAUCCCGAUAAUAAUGUCCUGUUUGGAAAGGUCGCCAAUUUCCGCGUCAUUGACGUUGCUCAAGGUUUUUCAACUACUCUCUCUCUCUCUUUCAGGAUUGCCUCAUUUCAGCUCGAGCUGACGCUUGCGACCGCCGGGGUGGUGAUAGGUGCUGUGCAGACACAUGUCUUGAGAGGCCCCGGGGCUGCUGCUGGUCUCGAUCGCAUCCUUGGCAUGGAACUUCCACCAAAAGGCAUGAGGAUCAUAUCACUGGCUUCAGCCAGUUCAGUCGACAGUCUAGACAUUCCUUCGAGCCUAGCCGCGCGUAUAUUUAAUAAAUACAGUGUGAGGCCCGAGUUCCUCAGGGCACUACUCUUCUUCGGCCAAGUGCCUCUUGAGUCGGAAACUAGGAAUAGCUACAUCAGCUAUCAUGGUGGAGAGGACGACGAAUUUACCAUAUCUUACAAGCUCAACUUUUUCGAAAAGAAAGCUGAGAACAACAAUUGGGCCUCAAGGCAAAUCGGAGUCUAUCACCAUCGUUAUCCACAGGCCGAGGGCUUCGGGAACCUCUUCAUCCUUGCUGCCGGCAAACGGCGAACCAAGUUCCUCUCCAGUCUCGAGAAACAGCUUGGAAAGAGUCCAGAAAACACUCCGGAUCCCAGCGCGUUACACUUGGAAGAGAAUCCAUGGUCGCUUCAUAUGGCCUUGCUUUCUUGCUACGUGGAUAACUGGAGAGAUUACUUUGACCAUCUGGGCACAAAAUUCCAGUACAUAAAUGAUAGAGCUAUUGGGUCUCAAACCAUUUUUAUGGAUGAAAAGGCAGUAAAUGAGGUCACGGCUCUGCGAGACUUGUACGAUCGUUCCUUGUUCGGCGGGGCCGCCUGUGCGGGCAACGUUGAGGUCGCUCAAAUGCUAGCAGACAGGCUCAUUCUACCUAAAGACGAGAGAGGAUCCCUGGAGGCGUCUGUUCACAUGCUGCAAGGGCUUGUCCGCAGCUGCACUGUACUGCAGGAGAAGAUCAAGAACGCCACAGACCUAGUCGGCUAUCUCAUCACCUUCAACUAUCAGUCCAUGGCAAAUAAACUGGAUGGUGAAGUGCGCGACGUGGCAAAGGAUACCAAAAUCUUGACUGAUAAAUUGCACUGUCUGGCCGAGAGCACCAACACCAUUGCAAAGAAUACGGCAAACGACGGAGUCCUCAUCACCGUCAUCACUGUAGUUUCUGCCAUCUAUGUCCCUGGCAGUUUCGUGGCAUCCAUUUUUGGCAUGAACUUUUUCAGCUUCGACGAGGAGGCGCGCCGCCUCGUGGUUUCGGCCGACUUUGGGCAAGUCUUUUUCCCAGUGUGGUUAGGCCUCAUUAUAUUGACUGGUGGAUUGUUUAUCUUUUCUUACCGUAAGAAGCGAAGUGGAGGUCGUGUUGGCGGCGACGGCAGCUCAGCCUAUGAGAUGCAACUGCAUGUAUAG